AUGGAGUCGUUGAUGCAGCAGAUCAAUGAGCACAUUCGUGUGGAGGAUGAUACCGCCUCCGCGACCGAGAAGGUUAAUUCGGUCGCGGCGGACAGGAGGGUCGCGGGGAAAGUUCACUCGGUUGGGCAGGAGGAUAGCCGCCCAAACAACCAGUCGAAAGAACAGCGCCAUGGUCCAAACCGUGAUGACAGAAACAAGGGGCACCGAAACAACCGGGCAUACCCUCCCCGUGAUGCAGCGGAGGAUGCCAAAAGAAAAUUGAAGGCGCGGACUAGGAUCACCACGGUGUUUAAAAUCCCCAUCUACCGCAUUCUGAGCGAGAUUCGAAGCGAACCCUUCGUCCGUUGGCCGGCCAAGUUGGGGAGUGCCCAGAGAGGCUUCAACUCAAAAUAUCACUGCACCUUUCAUGAAGGACGGGGGCACCGAACAGACGACUGCCUGCCGCUCAAGCAACACUUAGAGGAGUUGGUAGCUGCGGGGCAUCUUGACCAAUACAUAGAUGGGGGCAUCAAGGCCACGCCGGCAGACCAAGUCGAGCCAAACGGCCUGGCCGCCCUAGAGGCGCCUCCGCAAGGUGUAAUCAACGUCAUCCACGGAAUCAUUGAACCAGCCAGGGUUUGCGAGUUGAGGGGGAUGAUCAAGAAGGCCGAGCACAUGAGGGAAGUGUUUUCUGUUCAGCCUGCUGUGAAGAAGGGAAAGACCGAAGAAAGGGGCAUCCUUUCAUUCUCAUCCAAGGACUUGGAAAGAGUUCAGAUGCUGCACAACGACGCCUUAGUAGUCACUCUUCGCGUCAAGGACUUUGAUAUCAAGAGAAUCUUGAUCGACCAGGGGAGUUCGGUCGAAAUCAUGUAUUAUGACGCGUUCAAACAGAUGAAGUUAGAAGACAAGGACAUGGCUCCUGCGACGUCUCCUUUGGUCGAUUUCAACUCACAGCCGGAGUGGCCAAUCGGAAAGAUUAUUUUGCCGGUCAAAGCAGGUUCAGUAGUAAAGCAAGUGGAGUUCUGGGUGCUCAAAGUUCCUUCCACCUACAACUUGAUCUUAGGUAGGGGCUGGCUGCACGCCAUGCAAGCAGUUGCCUCGACCUUCCACUAA